AUGGGGUCCCCCGGGGCGCUGCUCCGUGCCGGGACCCUGCCCGGGCUCUGGCUGCUCCUGGUGCCCGCUCUCGCGGCCCCCGUGGAUGGCACAGCGGGGCUCACGCUGGCCUUCGUGUUCGACGUCACGGGCUCCAUGUACGACGACCUGGUGCAGGUGAUGGACGGCGCCUCGCGCAUCCUGCAGCAGACGCUCGGCGGCCCGCAGCCCAUCCGCAACUACGCGCUGGUGCCUUUCCACGAUCCAGACGUGGGCCCGGCCACCCUCACGGCGGAUCCGCGGCACUUCCAGCGGCGCCUGCAGGAGCUCUACGUCCAGGGUGGAGGGGACUGCCCGGAGAUGAGCGUCGGGGCCAUCAAGCUGGCCGUGGAGCUCUCGCACCCCGGCUCCUUCAUCUACGUCUUCUCGGACGCCCGGGCCAAGGACUACGAGCAGCAGGAGGAGCUGCUGCAGCUUCUGCAGCGCAAGCAGUCCCAGGUGGUGUUCGUGCUGACCGGGGACUGCGGGGACCGGAGCCACCCCGGCUACCGCGUCUACGAGCGCGUCGCGGCCAUCAGCUCCGGGCAGAUCUUCCACCUGGACAAGCAGCAGGUGAAGGAGGUGCUCAUGUGGGUGGAAAAGGCCAUCCAGGCCUCCAAGGUUCACCUGCUGUCCACCGACCACGAGGCUGGUGGGGAGCACACGUGGUCUGUGCCCUUGGACUCCAGCCUGAAGGAGGUGACCAUCUCCCUGAGCGGCCCUGCUCCGGAGAUAGAGGUCCGAGAUCCUGCAGGAAAGGUUCUUGAGGAAGGCCGAGACCUGAAGGAACUCCUCAGCAUCCCAAACUCAGCCAAGGUGCUGGCCGUGGAGCCCCAUGCGCCAGGGACAUGGACCAUCAAGACCCAGAGCAGCGGCCGCCAUUCGGUGAGGGUCACUGGUGUCAGCAACGUCAACUUCCACGCCAGCUUCUCCACCCAACCUGACUUUGACCCCAGCCUGCCCAGUGAGCGGCCGGUGCAGGGCUUUCCCAUCUCCGUGGGGGUGAAUAGCACCGGCCUGAAGCCACCAGGACACUUGCAGGAGAUCGAGCUGGUCAACAGCUCUGGCCACCCGCUCCUCUGGAUGCCCGUGCGGCCGCUCUCCAACAGCUCCUCCGGGCAGCUCUGGGUGGGCUCGGGGCUCCAGGCACCCCCGGGGGAUUUCCUGCUGAAGGUGAAGGGUGAAGACGCCCAGGGCUACCCCCUGCACCGCCUCUCCGGGGUCACCUACACUAGCGUGGUCCCUGGUCUACCCAAGGUGAACAUCUCCAGCAAAAUCCAGGCUUACCACCGCGAGCCUCAGCUGAUCUCCUGCUCCGCACAGAGCGAGAUCCCUUUUCGCUUGCAGCUCAGCCGUGGCGGGAAGAAGCUCGGUGAAGGUCAGCUCUUCAGAGGUUCAGGGAACAGCAGCUGGCUCAUCCCUGCAGCUUCCAAGAGCGAUGAAGGGUUUUAUGAGUGCACAGCCACCAGCAAGGUUGGAGCAACACGGGCUCGCACCUUCGUCUCCGUUGCAGAGCCGCCGCCGCGUCUCGUAGCCCCUGCAAACAUCACGGCUCUCCCUGGCCAGGACGUAGUCAUGUCCUGCGCUGUUGUGGGCCACACGCCGUACAACCUGACGUGGAGCUGGAACGGGGAGGACGCGGAGGGAGGCAGGACGAGGCUGCUGCAGAACCGCUCGCUGGAGAUCCGCGGCGUGCAGCCCGGGGACGGGGGCCAGUACGACUGCGUGGCGCGCAACGCUCACGGCGCCGCCCGCGGCUCCGUGUGGCUCUUCGUCCAGGAGGCGCCGUGGGUGAAGGUGGCCUCGAGCCCCCAGCAGUUCUCCAAGGGCCAGGAGCUGAGGCUGGACUGCACAACGGGGGGGCACCCGCUGCCGCAGACGGCCUGGAGGCGCUGGGGCAGGACCCUGGAGCAGCACCAGAGGGUUUUCGUGGAUGCACAGGGCACCCUGCACAUCACGGCCGCAGUCCCGGGGGACGCGGGCAACUACAGCUGCCGUGCCAGCAGCCCGCUGGGCUGGGAUGAGCGAGCAGUGACCCUGGAGUACAUCGAGCCUCCUGCGGUGCUGGCCGUGACGCCCGCCGUGCACGCUCGGCUUGGGGAAGACGCGCUCCUGGAGUGCUGGGUGUCGGGGGUCCCCGCGCCCCGGAUCGUCUGGCACAAAGGCGGGCAGGAGGUGGCGGCGUCGCCGGGCGGCGCGCGGCACGGCGCCCUGCGGCUGCAGGCCGUGCGCCAGGAGGACGCGGGCGAGUACGAGUGCGAGGCGCUCAGCGAGGCCGGCGCCGCGUCCCGCCGCGUGCUGCUGCGUGUGGGCUCUGCCCCUCGGUUUGCCGAGGACCUGGAGGAGGUGUCAGUUGAGAUAGGGGAGCGUGUGAGCCUGCCAUGCCGCGCCGAGGGCUCCCCGCCACCACGGGUCACCUGGUCCCGGCAGGAUGGGAAGCCUCUGCGGGGCCAGCACGGGCUGCUAGAUGUUUCCAGCCAGCUGGAGGCCAACGAGCUCUUCAUUGAUAGAGCCUCGCUGGAUGACCAAGCCAUCUAUGUCUGUGAAGCCCAGAAUGAGUUUGGGAAGAUCCAAGCAGAGGUCAAGCUGGCCAUCACUGGACACGCCCCAGCAAUAGCUCAGGGAGCACCGGUGAUCCGCGCGCUCAGAGGCCAGCCCGUCUCGCUGCCCUGCGUGGUCCUGGCUGGGAAUCCAUUCCCAGCACGGCACUGGCUGAAGCAGGGACGCACGGUGUCCCCCGGCGGACGUUAUUCUCUCCGUGCUGAUGGGAGCCUCCAUGUGGAGCAGGUGUCCCAGGAGGAUGCAGGGAACUUUUCCUGUGUGGUCUCCAAUGCUGUGGGCUCGCACAGGCAGGACGUGGCACUGGUUGUCCAUGUUCCUCCCAGCAUUGAGCUGGGCCCUGCCCUCGUCACCGCGACCGAGGGCUCAGCUGUCACCCUGCGGUGCGAUGCCACCGGCGUGCCACCCCCGGCUGUCACCUGGGCAAAGGGCACAGAGCCCAUCUCGCAGAGCCACCGCUACCUCCUCGGCAGCAACGGGACCCUCCUGAUCCCCUCGGCCUCCGCCGGCGACGCUGGGACCUACUUUUGUAUGGCUGCCAGCGCCGCAGGCUCGUCCAGCCGGGAGCUGCAGCUCUCCAUCAGCAGUGCUCUGUCCCACCAUCUAGCAAAACCCAGGAUCAGCGUGAACGGAUCGCGUGAGUCGUCAGGCCCCGUGAUGAUCCAGGCUCUUGUUGGGCAGGAAACCAUCCUGCCCUGUGAAGUUCAUGGCACCCCCACUCCCUUGGUGGCGUGGACCAAGGAGUCCCGGCCAGUGCCCCUUGCCACCGCGAGGUACAGCAUCCUUCCUUCGGGAUCGCUCCUGCUGGCUGAGCCCAGGGUGACAGACAGUGGCCUUUACAUCUGCACGGCCACGAAUGCUGCAGGGAACGACUCACUCAGCUACAGCCUGGAGGUCCAAGUUCCCCCCCAGGUGCUGAUCAGCGAUGGGGAAAGCCACGUGAUGGUGACUGCCAACGACUCCCUGCAGAUUCACUGCCACGCCACGGGCUUCCCUGCACCCCAGCUCCAGUGGCUGAAGGACGGUCACCCGCUGGACGCGCUGGACGGGGCGGUGGUGUCUGCGGACGGCAGGACGCUGGUGAUUCCCCGUGCAGGGCGCAGUGACGAAGGGCUCUACGUCUGCCAGGGCAGCAGCGAGGCCGGCGGAGCCCAGACGGAGGUGUGGGUGUUGGUGCAAGUGCCUCCAAGCAUCGAGCCUGGCGAGGUGAACGUGACCGUCCUGGAGAACAGCACGGCGUCCCUGCAGUGUCUGGCCUCUGGGGUGCCACCUCCAGACAUAGCCUGGUACAAGGGGCCUGAGCGACUCUCGGCUGGACCAGGCCUGGUGCUGCACAGAGAUGGGAGGCACCUGGAGAUCCAGCAUGCACAGACCUCCGACACCAGGAGCUACCGCUGUGUCGCCUCCAACGCGGCCGGUGUUGCUGAGCUCUGGUACAGCCUGAAGGUGACGGUGCCCCCAUGGUUCUCCUCGGCAGAGCCGUCCCCCGUGUCGGUGCUGGAAGGGCAGGUGGUUCAGCUGGCCUGCGAGUGCCACGGGAUCCCCUUCCCCACCCUCGCCUGGUGGAAGGACGGUGAGCCGCUCUCCAGCGAGCCAGGGAGCCCGGAGCUGGUGUCUGCAGGAGGGAGGAUGCUCUACAUAGAGAAGGUGCGGCUGGUGGACAAGGGGUCGUACACGUGCGAGUGCAGCAACGCCGCGGGCCGCAGCGCCAAGGAGUAUCGCCUCAGGGUGUAUGCCCUGCCAAAGAUCCAAGGCAGCAGCAAAGCCCUGAGGAAGGUUUCUGUGGUCAAGGCUGGCGAGACGGUUCUGGAGUGCGAGGCUGUGGGAACGCCACCGCCCACGGUGACGUGGGUGAAAGACGGGCAGCCCGUGGCGAGCAGGGACGGGCUCCUCCUCACCAAGCAGGGCAAGCGGCUGCGCAUCCCCAAGGCGGAGGUCGCCCACUCGGGGCGCUACACGUGCCUGGCCAAGAACGCGGUGGGGCAGGAUGAGAGGGAGUUCGACGUGGCCGUGCACGUUCCUCCCGAGUUCAUUCAAGGACCAGGGUCAAAACCCAACAUCAGCGUGUCUCUUCAUGGAGCCCUGACCCUGACCUGCGAGGCCUCUGGUAAUCCCCUACCUGUGGUCACCUGGUUCUGGAAGAGCUCUCCUGUCAUCCCCAGCGAGCACACACGUGUGCUCUCAGGGGGCUGGAUGCUGAGGAUCACUCGCGUGCGAGCCCAGGACGGAGGCCUCUACUCCUGCCUGGCCAGUAACGUGGCUGGGGAGGCCAGGAGAGAUUUCCACGUGGAGGUCCUCGUUCCUCCCAUCAUAGAGAGUGCAGAUGAGGAAGAAAGCACCAAAGUGCCUGAGGGCCACCCCAUCACCUGGUCCUGCCUGGCUACAGGCCACCCCCAGCCGCAGAUCACCUGGCUGAAAGAUGGUCAUCCUGUGGCUAGUGGAGACACCUACUCCAUCUCCCCUGAUGGCUCCAUCCUGCACAUCACCCAGAGCGCCCUCUCUGAUGCUGGCCGCUACGCCUGCGUGGCCUCCAAUUCUGUGGCAAAUCAGACCAAGCACUACGUGUUGGAUGUUCUGGCUGGCCCUGUUUUUCCUGGAGAGGCCCAUGAUACCAGCACAGAAGACGUUACUGUGAUCAUCAACAACCCCAUCUCCCUCAUCUGCGAGGCUCUGUCCUACCCGUCUCCCAACAUCACCUGGCUCAAGGACGAGAUUCCCCUCGAAGCCUCUAGAAAUGUCCAUCUGCUCCCUGGUGGCCACGGGCUGCAGAUCCUGAAUGCCCAUGAAGAGGAUGCAGGCACAUACAGUUGCAUCGUGACCAACGAGGCUGGGGAGGCUGUGAAGAACUACACUCUGAAAGUCCUGGUUCCUCCCUGGAUUACCAAAGAUGACCCUUACGGGGAAUUUGCUGUGACAGAAGUGAAAACCAAGGUCAACAGCACCGUAACCCUGGAGUGCGAAUCUUGGGCUGUGCCCGAGCCCACCAUCCAGUGGUACAAGGAUGGGCAGCUCCUAGAAAGCACUGGCCACCUCCAGAUCCUCAGCGAGGGGCAGAUCCUUCAGAUCAAACCAGCCAGUGUCUCUGAUUCAGGGCACUACACCUGCGUGGCUACCAAUGCCGUGGGUGAAGAUGACAAGGACUUCAGCGUGCGCAUCCAAGUGCCACCGCUGUUCCAGAGGCCAGGGAGCGCCAACGAGGCCUUUGAGAUCCUCUACAGAGAGGAAGAUGAGGACGGCGAGGUGGUGGAGCACCGGCAGGCUGUGCUCAAUAACCCGGCCGUGCUCUACUGCGACACCAGUGCCGUCCCGCCUCCCCGGCUCACCUGGUACAAGGACGGGGAGCCCCUCUCCUCCAGCCAGGAAGUGCUGAUACUGCUCGGGGGCCGGGUGCUGCAGCUGCCCGCUGUGCGCGAGGAGGACGCGGGCCGGUACACGUGCGAGGCGGCCAACGACGCCGGGGAGGACAGGAUGCACUACGAGCUGGAGGUGCUCACUGCCCCCAUCAUCCAUGGGAGCAUGGAGGACCAUAUGGAGGAGGUGACCGCCGCAGCCAACAGCACCAUCCGCCUGAAAUGCGAAGCCAUGGGGAACCCAGAACCCGCGGUUUCCUGGCUCUGGAAUGAUGUCCCCGUUGUUGCUGGCCUGCGGCACCAGAUCCUGAUGGAUGGUGAGGUCCUGCAGGUGACUGCGGUGGAGGUGGGCGACGAGGGCAACUACACGUGCGUGGCCGAGAACCCAGCCGGCUCUGCCGAGAAGCACUUUGCCCUCGGCGUGCGGGAACCACCCCAGAUCGUGGGGGCAAACCCUGAACGUGUUGAUGGUGUUGUCGGCGGCAGCGUCUCACUGACGUGCAACGUCCGCUCCCAUGUGGACGUGGAGAUCACUUGGUACAAGGAUGGCCGCGUCCUGGACCUUGGUGAGGAAGCGUUCAUCACCCCAGGCUCGCACACCCUGCAGAUCCCACGCGUGCAGCUUUCCAGUACAGGCAUAUACAGGUGCGUGGCUCUGAACGCAGCUGGCAGGGACGAGAAGCUCUUGGUCCUCACUGUGCAGGCACCCCCGGGCAUCGAGGACGCGCAGCAGGAGACGCUCGACGCGGCCGUGGGGACCCCCCUCACCCUCAGCUGUGACGUCGCCGGCGAGCCCAUGCCCUUCGUCACCUGGCUGAAGGACGGGCGGCCGCUGGAGAGCAUCCCGGAGCAGGGCCUGGUGGCGCGGGGGCCUCAGCUGCAGCUCGGCCCCUUGCAGCCCUUCCAUGAGGGCCGCUACACGUGCGUGGCACGCGGCCGCGGCGCCGAGGUGCGCAAGGACUUCCUGGUGCUGGUGCGAGUGGCUCCCCGGAUCACGAGUGCGGAGGCGCCCAGCGAGCGCAGCGCGCUGGAGGGCAGCAGGGUGACGCUGGAGUGCUGGGCUGAGGGGCAGCCCCCACCACAGGUCACCUGGCUGAAGGACGGCCAGCCCCUGGGGCUGCAGCCCCCAUCGCGCGCCCGCCUGGCUCCGGACGGCAGCUCCCUGCUCCUCGAGGGGCUCCAGGCCGCCGACGCAGGCGCUUACACCUGCCUGGCCCAAAACGGGGCCGGUGAGGACACGCGGCUGCACACACUGAGCGUGCUGGUUCCCCCAUCCAUCGAGAGCGGCGGCGCAGGGGAGCUGCUCCACAGCAUCCCGGGGGCCCUGGUGACUCUGGAAUGCCGGGCGCGGGGCUCUGGGCCCCUGCAGCUGAGCUGGCUCAAGGACGGGCUGCCCCUCGGCCUUUCCACCCGUGUGCGCCUGCUCUUGGCCGGGCGCGCGCUCCGGAUCUCCCCGGUGCAGAUGUCUGACGCUGGGCUCUACACCUGCGUGGCUGCCAACGAGGCUGGCGUGGCCAACCGCAGCUUUGUCCUGCACGUCCAGGUGCCCCCCAUGCUGGAGGUGACCCCCGAGAGCAGCGAGGAGCAGGUGGUGACGGCGGGCGCCGAGGUGACCUUCACCUGCGACGCCAGCGGCUCGCCGGCACCGGUGCUGAGCUGGCUCAAGGACGGGGAGCCCCUGGCGCCGGGGGGCAACGGCACGAGCUCGCGGCUGCGUCUGGGGGCGGUGGCGCUGGCGGACGCUGGAGUUUACUCCUGCCUGGCCACGAACGAGGCGGGCGAAGCCAGCCAGCGCUUCCGCCUCGUGGUGAUGGAGCCGCCCCAGGUCGAGGUCCCAGCGCACAUGGCUGAGGUGCUCCUCACCGUGGGGGCCCCGCUGGAGCUGACGUGCCUGGUGACGGGUGUCCCCGUGCCCACCGUCACCUGGGAGAAGGAUGGGCGGCUGCUCGCCGGACCCCAGCUCGUGGCAGGGAAUGAGAGCAGCCUGCGGAUAGAACGUGCCGAGGUGGCCGACGCUGGCUCGUACACCUGCCUGGCCACCAGUCCUGCCGGCGAGGACAGCGGCACCUUCCGUGUCCAGGUCCAAGCACCGCCCAGCAUCACGGGCGCCGGAGACACCCUCAACCUCACAGUGCUGGCAGGAGAGCCGCUCACGCUGGAGUGCCCGGUGGCUGUGGUGCCACCCGCGCGUGUGCACUGGCAGCGGCAGGGCUCCCCGCUGCGGGGGGAUGCCCGCGUGCGGCUGCUGGACGGCGGGCGCUUCCUGCGGCUCGCGGCGCCGCUGCGCACGGACAGCGGCCACUACAGCUGCACGGCCAGCAACGCGCUGGGCAGCACCAGCCUGCACUUCCACGUGGAUGUUCACGUGCCCCCAGGGAUCCAGCCCGGCCCCGAGGAGCUGAGCGUGCCUGUGAACAGCGUGGCCGUGCUGCCCUGUCCGGCACAGGGGUGGCCCGUGCCGCAGGUGACGUGGAGGAAGGACGGGCAGCUCCUGCCUCUCCCCGGGAGCAGCAGGCUGCGGCAGCUGCCGGGGGGCUCCCUGCGCAUAGACCCCGUUUGGGCUCAGGACUCAGGCCACUACCUGUGCGUGGCCUCCAGCCUUGCUGGUUCUGCCCGCCGAGGCCUCGACCUGCACAUGCUGGUCCCUCCUGCCAUCGCCCCCGGACCCUCCAACGUCACCGUGGUGGCGCAGCAGCCGGCCACGCUGCCCUGCGAAGCCACCGGCUUCCCCGAGCCCCGCGUCACCUGGGCCAAGAACGGCCGUGCCCUGACCCCGCAUGUCCCGCCCGGCGCCUACAGGCUGCAGCCCUCGGGCUCGCUGCUGCUCGCCAGCCCCGGCCUGCAGGACCAGGGCACCUUCGAGUGCGUGGCUGCCAGCGCCGCCGGCGAGGCCCGCAAGCGCUUCUUCGUGUCUGUCCAUGUGCCCCCCAGCAUCGCUGACGAUGUCACGGAGGUGGCGGUCACCCGGCUGUCCCCUGCCGUGCUCACGUGCUACGCUGCCGGCGUGCCCCCGCCGGCGCUGUCCUGGAGCAAGGACGGGGCGGCGCUGGCGCAGCGCGGCGGCGGCUACCGCGUCCUGCACACAGGCGCCUUGCAGAUCCAUCGGGCGCUGCCCGCGCACGCCGGCCGCUACACGUGCACGGCAAGGAACGCCGCCGGCGCCGCGCACAAGCACCUCCUGCUCACCGUGCACGAGCCCCCUGUGCUGAAGCCCCUGCCCGGCAUGGUGAUGGUGAUGAUCAACACCAGCGCGGCGCUGCCCUGCGAGGCCAGCGGCGUCCCUCCGCCGACUGUCACCUGGCAGAAAGAGGGUGUCCCUGUCCCCAAAGGGCCUGGGUUGGGGCACAUCCUGCACAUCCCGCGUGCCUCCGAGGAGGAUGCUGGUGUCUACGUGUGCAUGGCGCAGAACCCCUCGGGCGCCGCGUCGGGGCGGACCAGGCUCAUCGUGCAAGUGCCCCCGGCCAUCGCGCCCGGCCCCGCCGAGCUGGCCGUGCUGCAGGGACGCGACGCCCGGCUGCCCUGCGUGGCCCGCGGCACCCCCGAGCCCCGCGUGUCCUGGAGCAGAGAGGGAGCCCCGGUGCAGGGCUCCAAGGCCGCCGUGCUGCCCUCCGGCGAGCUGCUGCUCCGGGACGUGCAGGAAGCGGAUGCGGGCAGCUACUCCUGCACGGCAGCAAACUCAGCCGGGAAAGCUGCCCGCCAGCUCCUGCUCUCCGUGCACACCCUGCCCGUCUUCACCGAGCGGCCCCGGGACAUCGUGCUGAGCGGCGGCGAGCGGCUGGAGCUGCUCUGUGCCGCCCAGGGCAACCCCGCGCCCCGGCUCACCUGGACGGCCAACGGGCAGCCCGUCACCGCGGGCGUGCGGGAGCAGGGCGGCCGGAGCACACUGCAGCGGGACGGCGUCACCGCGGCGGCCAGCGGCACCUAUGAGUGCCGGGCCCAGAACAGCGCCGGCGCCAUCAGCACUGCCAGCGAGGUCCGCGUGCGAGCGGCGCCCGUCGUGCAAGGGGAGCCCAGCGCCUUGCAGACGGAGCCCGUCGGGGCCCAGGCCCUGCUGCAGUGCGAGGCCCAGGGCUACCCGGAGCCCCUGGUGCGCUGGAGCAAGGACGGGGUCCCGCUGGCGCCCGGGCACCGCCUGCGCCAGCUGCACAACGGCUCCCUGCUCAUCCGCGGCACUGCGGACUCUGAUGCGGGGCAGUACCGGUGCGUGGCGGAGAAUGAGGUGGGCUCAGCUGCCAAGCUCAUCAUGCUGGUGCUGCAGAGCGCGCCGCGGGUGCAGGUGCGUCCGCGCGCGGCGGCGGUGGGCGCAGGGCAGCGGGUGCUGCUGCACUGCGAGGCGCGCGGGCAGCCCGCGCCGUCGCUGCAGUGGCGGGCGCUGCGGGACGGCCCGCGCGCCCACGUGCUGCCUAACGGCACGCUGCUCAUCGGCGCCGCGCGCCCCGGCGACGCCGGCGGCUACGCCUGCCACGCGAGCAACCCGCUCGGCUCCGACCUCGCCCAGGCCUUCCUCACCGUCACAGCAGAGCCGCGCCACGUGCGGGGCAGCCUGGUCGGCAUCAUCAACGCCCAGGAGUUUGGGGUUGCUGCUCUCAACGCCAGCGUGCUGGAGGAUCCCCACACCGGCACGGCCGACGUGCGCAGCAGCAUCCGGGGCAUCCCGCCUGCCGUGGGGCCGCUGAUGCGGGUGCUCGUGGCCAUCGUGGCCCCUGUGUACUGGUCCUUCGUUGGCGGGGACACCCACAGCGGCUUCCUGCUGACCCAGGGCACCUUCAGGCAGGAGUCACAGGUGGAGUUUGCUACAGGGGAGCUCCUGCACAUCACGCACGCUGCCCAUGGCUUGGACGGCACCGGCGCUCUGCUGCUCGACAGCGUCGUCAGCGGCUCCGUGCCCGAGCGCCUUGCUGAGGCUGGGGUGCUGCAGCUGCAGGAUUUCAACGAGCGCUACGUGCAGACGGGCCCGGGGCAGCUGCACGGCGAGGCGGUGCAGAGCUUCGUGCAGGGGGGACUCAUUGCGCGGGCGCGCUGCACCCACUCCAUCGCGUACGAGGCGGUGCAGGGCCGGCGGGUGCCGCGGCUCGUGCAGCACGUGCGGGCCCGCGCGCUCGCCGCCGCCUUCGACGCGCCCGCCGGGGAGCUGCGCUUCCAGCUCCGCGCCGCGCUCCGCGCAGAGCCUGGCGGGGACCAGUGUCCGGCGGGAUUCGUCCUGGGUGCUGAGGAGCUCUACUGCACCGGUACCGACCCUUCCCCGGGGCGCGGGGCUGUGCUGGCUCUGGGGGUCCCCUUCGGGGCCAUGUCCCCUUCCACGUGUCCCUGGUGCGACAGCACAGCAGCCCUGCGGGAAGGCGUGUGCAGGGGUGGCUGGGCCUUGGCCCUGGCACGGCGACAUCCCCUGUCCCCCCUGUCCUGUUCAGAUGUGGACGAGUGCGAGCAGGGCUCCCACGGCUGCCGCUACCCGCAGCUCUGCGAGAACGUGCCCGGGAGCUACCGCUGCAGGUGUCCUCGCGGCUACCGCGCGCAGGGCGCUGGGCGGCCGUGCUCGGACGUGAACGAGUGCCUGCAGCUUCCCCGGCCCUGUGCCUUCGCCUGCCGCAACGUGCCGGGCAGCUUCGUGUGCCUGUGCCCGCCUGGCGCGGUGCUGCUGCCCGACGGCACGUCCUGCGGCGAGCCGGGGGCCCCCGCGCGCCCCUCGAGCAUCCCGCCCCGCUCCUUCUCCACACAGCUCCUCGGCAGCGCCGAGGGGACCGUGUCCUGCCCGCCAGGCUUUGUCAGGAGGAACGGCGCCUGCAGCGACCUCGACGAGUGCCAGAUACUGAACCAGUGCCAGCACGAGUGCAGGAACAGCGAGGGCAGCUACCAGUGCACGUGCCCGGCCGGGUACCGCCUGCUGCCCAACGGCAGGACCUGCCACGACGUGGACGAGUGCUUGGAGGGCAGCAGGCGCUGCGGCGCGGGGCAGCUCUGCUUCAACACGCGCGGCGGCGCCCAGUGCGUGGAGGCGCCGUGCCCGCCCGGCUACCGCCGCGGCUCCAGCCCGGGGCUGUGCUUCCAGCGCUGCGCGCGGGGCUGCGCGCCGGGCAGCGCCUCCACGCUGCAGUACAAGCUGCUGCCGCUGCCGCGGGGCGUCGCGGGCGGGCGCGACGUGCUGCACUUGGCCGCCUUCGCCCGCGGCGCCGCGCUGCGCAACGGCACCGUGGCCUUCAGCCUGCUGCGGCGCCAGCCCGCGGCGCCCUUCGCCCUGCGCCACGAGGGCGGCCGCGCCGUCCUGUCCACCCUGCGCCCGCUGCGCGCGCCCGGCACCCACCGCCUGCACGUGCAAGCGCUGCCGCUCGGCGCGCGCGGCCCCCGCAGCCUCUUCGUCAUCCUCGUCUCCGUCUCGCCCUACCCCUACUGA